AUGUCUACGCAAAAGGCUAUUGUCAUCACCGGCCCCGCGAAGGCCGAGCUGGUCACUAACCGCCCCAUCCCUGCUCUACGGGAUAAUUGCCUUCUCGUGAAGACCGUUGCCGUGGGCUUGAACCCUACAGACUGGAAAGCAAUCGCCAGGCCUCCUCCUGUUGGCGUCACAGUUGGUUGUGACUUUGCCGGUAUAGUUGAAGCCGUUGGUAAAGACGUGAAGAAGCAAUGGAAGAAAGGCGACCGCGUGUGCGGAUUCUCCCACGGCUGCAACCCCGCGCAGGCUGAAGACGGUUCAUUUGCGGAGUACAUCGCCGUCAAGGGAGACAUAGUGUUGAGGCUACCAGAUAAUCUGAGCUUCCAAGAAGGUGCUACUCUCGGUGUUGGUAUCGGCACUGUUGCCCAAGCUCUUUACCAGACUUUGAAGCUGGCUCUCCCUACUGAGCCGAUAAAGGAGGCUACUCCAAUUUUGAUCUAUGGUGGUUCUACUGCUACCGGAACCUUGUGUAUCCAGUUCGCCAAGCUAUCUGGUUAUACUGUACUCACCACUUGUUCCCCACGCAACUUCGAUCUCGUCCGUUCUCUUGGUGCGGACGCAGUCUUCGAUUAUAGGGAUCCCAAGGCUGCUACUGAGGUCAAAAAAUCCACCAAUGAUAACUUGAAGCUGGUCUUGGACUGUAUUGCGCUGGAGGACAGUAUCAAGUUCUGUGAUGAGGCCAUAUCUUCCUCGGGAGGUGAUUACGGCGCUCUGCUUACUGUGAAGAUUGAGCGUGAGAAUGUUAAAUCUCACUUCACUGUGGCUUACACAAUCAGUGGAGAGGAUUUCAAGUACGGCGACAAGGUUAUCCCUGGUAAGCCGGAGGACAAGGCUUAUGCAGAGAUGUUCUUUCCUAUCGCGGAGACUUUGCUGGCACAAGGCAAGGUCAAGGUUCAUCCUCCAACGGUUGGCAAGGAGGGCCUAAAGGGUGUUUUGGAGGGGUUGGAGAUGUUGAAGAGUGGAAAGGUUAGCGGUGAAAAGUUGGUCUACAAUGUUGAGGACACCCCAUAA